GUCGGCUUCACAGAUACUCUCAUUCUCCCUUUCUUCCUUCUCUCUAUCUCCUCUACAGUUGGUCUUCAGAUUCAAGGACUGGAGGUGAGGGGUAGAAGUGGGGGUUCGCUCCAAGCACGUGAUCACACCCUAUCAAAAUCAUCAACAAAACCCUACAAUAAAAUGUAAAUCACGUGCGUUAUCGUCGCCGAUAAGCAGACUCUCCACGACGUUUGCUGUGUUUAAAAGUACAGAAGAAAGAAUGGAGCGACCGCGCAGACCGAGUUUCUCAGAACUCCCGCUGCGGAAGGGAGAUCCGCCGUACUCGGCGUGGGGACUGUAUGGCGCGGACGACGAGCUGGGCACGAUGAAUUUGAUUACGCCUGCGGUUACGCGGGCUGCUGUUGCGGAGGUGAAGUUGGGGGUUACUAUUCCUCUCGAUCUUCCCCUCGACGCGAUCGCAAAGCCAUUCAUCCCCUCCCGCGUGCCCUACGAACACAAACUUCUCGCCCGCGGCUACGCCAACGACGACGAGAUCCGGAUCAACACCCAAAGCACCUCGCAAUGGGACUCACUCCGUCAUUUCCCGUACCAAUCCGGGUACUUGUACUAUAACGGCGUGACGAACGCGGACAUCAGCGGCGCGGAAGCAAACGACAAGAACGGGAUCCAGAAUAUUGCGCGGAAGGGGGUGGCUACGCGGGGCGUGCUUGUGGAUUGGUGUCGGUAUGCGAAGAGGAAGGGGAUUGAAGUGUCGCCGUUUGAGCGGCGCGAGAUCACGAUUGCGGAGAUUGAGGAGAUUGCGGAGGAGUGCGGGCUCGAGUUUCGGGAGGGCGAUCUGUUUAUCCUGCGUACUGGGCUGGUGGAGAAGUACCGCGAGUUGUCGCAUGAGGAGAAAUGCGCGGUGGCCGAGCGGACUGGCGCCGAGGCGGCGUAUAUCGGCGUCGAAUGCAACGAAGUCAGCGCGCGCUGGUUCUGGACCCGGUCGUUUGCCGCGGUCGCGACGGAUACGUUGUCGUUUGAAGCGUGGCCGCGGAAGAACUCCGAGGGAUGGACGUGGCUCCUGCACGAGGUUUUUCUGGCGGGAUGGGGGAUGCCGAUCGGGGAGCUGUGGGAUCUGGAGAGGGUGGCGGAGAAGUGUGAGGAGGUUGGGCGGUGGAGUUUUUUGGUGACGUCGCAGCCUUUGAUUAUUGAGGGGGGGGUUGCUAGUCCUCCUAAUGCGAUGGCUGUUUUGUAAUCUUCUCUAGAUUUGUGGAUUCUCGAAGAGGAAACAAAAAGCAUGGCUUUGACCACCCAGAAGCCGAACUCUAGAGUGCACUUCCGAGCAAGAUAUCCGAUCAUAGCAUGCAAAGAGAAGAUUUCACCAGCAGCUGCUCUGCCUACAGUUCCUAACAUCAACAUCCAGACAAAGUGUAAUCUGCUGCAGUAGUCGCGGAAGCAGAAGAGAUAGAGAGGAGGAAGAAGGAGGAGGAGAGGAUUACCGAGAUGAACAAGGCGUUUUAGGUUGGAUGAGUCGCGCCGCCACACUUUACUUGUGAUUACUAUGAUCUGCUGUAGUUCUUCAUCUUGACUCGUC